AUGUCAUUUUUAAACAAUUUAGAGGCAUUCUUGGAUGAAGAUACUGACUAUGAAUCAAAGAGACAACCACUAGUUGCAAAAACCAAUUUAAAUCAAAAUAAUUACAAAAGUGCAUCAUUAUUUAAAAAAACUGACUCAAUUCAACACGAAUAUGAUACAGAACCAAUAGCAUCCAGAAUCGACUUAAAUCAAUUCAGAUUAAAAGAGAAUCCUGUAUCGGUUGAACAGAACCAUGGGGUUAGUUCAUCAAAUUUACCUACAAAUAUUCAAGUUUAUGACUUUAGCAAUGAUCAGCCAGAACACAUCUCCAAUGAAUCAAAUGAUAGCAUUACUGUUUACCAACAAAGUUCAAUAAAUAAUCCAAUAAGAAGAAGAACUCUUGGUCCUGCUAGAAGAGUAAUAAAUAACACCAAUUCUAGUGAAGAUGAAAGUGUCUCAACUAAUAAUCUAUUUGUCAAUUCAUCAUUUGCAUCAAUGAUUCCAAGAUUAAAAGUAGAUGUUUUACCGCAAGAUCUGAGACUUGUUUUCCCAUUUGAGGAAUUUAAUGAAAUGCAAUCGAAGAGUUUUAACACAAUUUAUGGAUCAAAUAAAAAUUGUGUUAUAAGUGCACCAACUGGAUCUGGAAAGACUGCAUUAUUUGAAUUGGCUAUAUUAAGAGCAAAUGAAUACUCUGAUGAUUUCAAAGUACUUUAUCUUGCACCAACUAAAGCUUUAUGUAGUGAAAGAAAAGAUGAUUGGACUCAGAAGUUCUCAUCGUUGGGUAUUACAGUUGGGAUGUUAACAGGAGAUUCAUCAUUCAAGGAAGCAGAGAAUGUAAGAACUUCAAAAAUUAUCAUAUCGACACCAGAAAAAUGGGACAUGAUUACUAGAAAAUGGAAAGAUUACAAAAAAUUGUUUGGAUUAAUCAAAUUGCUUUUAGUUGAUGAAAUUCAUGUCUUAAAAGAGUCGAGAGGAGCAACAUUAGAAGUUGUUAUGACUAGAAUGAAAAGAAUCUGUACUGGAUUAAGAAUUUUAGCAAUUUCCGCAACAGUAGCAAAUGCUCAUGAUAUUGCAACUUGGUUGGAUGCUGAUGCCUUAAAUUUUGGAGAUGAAUAUCGUGCAGUCAAAUUAAAAAAAUUAGUUUGUGGAUUUAAACCCAACAGUGAAAAUGAAUUUUCGUUUGAUAAUUUUUUGAAUACAAAAUUAAUCGAGGUAAUAAAUAAGCAUUCAAAUGGUAAACCUGUUUUGAUAUUUUGUGCCACUAGGAAUAGUUGUCAACAAACUGCAAAAUAUCUAUCAGAAAAUUAUUUGAACAGAGGGGUUAAUUUGAAACUUAAAGAUAAAGACCUUUCAAGCUAUGCUAAAUUGGGUAUUGCAUUUCAUCAUGCUGGUUUGGUUCUUGCAGAUAGAAAACAAAUUGAAUCUGCAUUUUUGGGUGGUAAUAUUAAAUAUUUGUGUUGUACUUCAACUUUAGCAGUGGGGAUUAAUUUACCAGCAUAUUUAGCAGUUAUAAAAGGAACAAAAUGUUGGUUGGAAAACAGUUUUCAAGAAUACACAGAAACUGAUAUUUUACAGAUGAUUGGAAGAGCUGGUAGACCUCAAUUUGAAAAAGAUGGAGUAGCUAUAAUCAUGACAAAUAAAAAAAUGGAACAAAAAUAUGAAAGAUUAAUUAAAGGCACUGAAAAAGUUGAAAGUAGUCUUCAUUUGAAUUUCCCCGAAAAUUUAUUAGCUGAAAUUGCAGUUGGAAAUAUAAAUUCAAUAGAAGAUGCGACGUCCUGGUUAAAAACUACGUAUUUUUAUGUGAGAUUACUUUUGAAUCCUUCAUAUUACGAUAUUGGUUUUAAUAAUACUGAUGAAAGUUUGAUGCAACUUUGUAAAACUCAUGCAGAUGCUUUACUGGAAGAAAAUUUGAUACAAGGUUUUAGAUGUACUCCAUUUGGGUUCUCAAUGAUUAUGCACUAUAUAGCAUUCGACACCAUGAAAGCUAUUAUGAAUGCAGGUGAAAAAUUAUCAAUUUCAGAUUUGUUAGAUUUAUUAGGUAAUGCUUCAGAGUUUUCAGAAUUAAGAAUUAAGCAUCAAGAAAAGAAGUUGUUUAAAGAAAUAAAUAAAUCACCAUUGAUGCGUUAUACAUCAGAAUCGAAAGUGAAAACAAUUAUUCAAUUUGAAUUAGGCGGUUUAGAAUUUCCAGAUUAUAAUGGUGCAAUGAAAUUACAUUCAAGUUUCAUAGGUGAUAGAUUUUAUAUUUUCAAACACAUUUCAAGAAUCUUAACUGCAAUAAUGGAUGUAUUUGUUGAAAAAAAAGAUGCUAUUUCUUUAAUAAAUCUGAGUUUUAUCAUGAGAUCAAUAUCUGGUAAAGGGUGGGAAGGAUCACCAAAUGAAUUACGUCAAUUAGAUGGAGUUGGUAUAGCAGCAAUGAAGAAAUUGGUUAAUCAUAAUGUUUUAUCUAUAAUGGAAGCUAAGUCUUUAACUCAAUCUCAAAUUGAACAUUAUAUGGGCAUUAAAGUAGGUGCUGGUGCCAAAUAUAAGAAAAUUUUAACACAAAUUCCAACCAUUGAAUUGAAAUUAGAAGAAGUGGGUGACUCUUUGAUUAGAGUGAAAGUAGAUAUCAGUCCAAAAACUACAAUUUGGAAGAAUCGAGCUUUAUUUUUACAAUUUAUAAGUUCAAAUGGUAGUAAAUUGGUAGAUUUUAGAAGAAUGUCACUAAGAAAUGUUAAUGGUACCAUUGAAUUUGAAGUUAAAGCUAAAUCUUUACAAGUUGAGGCAUCUGUUGAUAUUGCUGGUGCUGUAGAUACUAAAAAAAUUGGCAAUUUAGAUGUAGUCGAAACUAUUGAUGAUAAUUUUGAAUUCGAUUCCACACCAGAAGAGUUUGGAAUGGUUAGAAUUGAUAAAGUAUCAACAAAAGAUAAAGAUAAAGAAAUAAAAACACCAGUUGAUGAUGAUAUUAAAACAAAAAUUAUGUCAAAACCAGUUAGUAACAUUGGAGAAGCAGAACGAAAACGACCAAAAGCAGCUAGUAAUAAUAAUAAAGCUGAAUCCAAAAAAUCGAAAUCCAAAGAGAUAUCUGGGAAAAAUACAGACAAAGUUCAAUUAAUUGGAAACAAGAAUGAAAUAAAUACAGGAGAAGUAAAAUCCAAAGAGCAUGAAUGCAACUCAAAAUCAAUUUCAACUAAGUCUCAAAAGAUCAAAAGAAAAACAAUAUUUACAUCAUCAUCAGAUUCGGAAGAUUUAUUUCGUUCUAGCAAAAAACUACGUACUGAAAAAAUCGAAUCAAAAGAAACAAGUCGUCAUUAUUCAAUCGAAGAAGAUAGAGUAAAAAAUAAAGAUCAAAAUAAGCUUACCACAUUUGAACCAAAUUCGUCUAGUUCUGAAGAUCUUUUCAAAGUUUCUAAAAAAGUAUUAAAAGAUAAAGUUAAUAUUGUUAACCAUCUUAAUGCUGAAAAAUCCAUGGAUUUAGUUGUUCCAACUGCAAAUGAAGAUUUAGAUCCAAUCUCAUUUGAUAAUGAUAUUCGAGAAGGUUUAUCAGAUUUUGAAAAUAUUCAACCUCAAAAAGAAGGAUAUUUGGCAAGUUCUAAUCAUGAAUCUAUUAAUAUUCAAAGUCCUAUUCAAAUAAACUCAUCACCAACUACUCAAGUCAUUAAGAAUAUUUUACCUUUAAAUGAAGAUAAUUAUGACAAAAAUAAUCUUACUAUUAGUCAUGAUACUGACAUUGAUCAGCAUGAAAAUGAAAUCAUUCCAGAUGAUUCUUCAAACAAUUCUAUAUUUGCCAAUUUCAAAGCUAUUAAAGGACCAAUAGAAGAAAUUCCACAAAAUGAUAAACUUGAUGAAGUUGAAACUGAUGAAUCCUUAUGUGAAUUACAAAAAUUCUUUGGUGAUGAUAUAAUAAUUGAUUUUUAA